UGGCAGGCGACGAUAUAGCGGUGUGCGGAGCUCUCGAUGCCCCCCCCAGGGGGAUGGGGCCGACCCCCCGGACGAUCACCCGCCCUGCGCAUCCCCGCCGCCCCGGGGGAAGGAGGGGGGUGGCGGGGCCGGGCGGGGGCGGGUCGGGGCGGGCCGGGGGCGGUCGGAUGGCGGCCCCAUAAAAGCUCGGUGCCACCGGCAGCCCCGGGAGCGGCAGCGGGAUGUGGGCGGCGGUGUCGGUGUGCUGGCUGGGGGCUGCGCUGCUGGCGGCGGGGCACAGCCUGCCCCGGCUCCGCCUGCCCUACCGCGAUCUACUGGCCACCCCUCCCUGGACAGACAGAAGAGUGUUUUCGGAAGGGGAAGGACCCAGGGACUGACUGUGCCAACUAUGUCCGCGUGCUGCACCCCUACAAUCGGACGCACUUGCUGGUCUGCGGGACAGGUGCCUUCCACCCCAUCUGUGCCUUUGUCUACGUGGGGCACCGCGGAGAGCACACCUUCAGCCUGGACCCUGCCAGUGUGGAGACCGGCCGGGGCAGGUGCCCGCAUGAGCCCAGCCGCACUUUCGCCAGCACUGUCAUUGGUGGGGAGCUGUAUGCUGGCCUCACUGCAGACUUCUUGGGCCGCGAUCCUGGCAUCUUCCGCAGCACUGGGACCCGCUCUGCCUUGCGCACUGAGGUGGACCAGCGCUUACUCAAUGACCCCAAAUUUGUGGCAGCCCACUUGAUCCCAGACAACAAUGACGGGGACAACGACAAAGCCUAUUUCUUCUUCACGGAAAAGGUGGUGGAGGCAGACAGCAAAGAGCAUGCCAUCGUCAGCCGGGUGGCACGGGUCUGCGUGAAUGAUGCUGGUGGCCAGAGGGUGCUGGUCAACAAGUGGAGUACCUUCAACAAAGCCCGGCUGGUGUGCUCUGUCCCUGGCCCCGGUGGCAUCGACACACACUUUGAUGAGCUGGAGGAUGUCUUCUUGCUGAGGACAAAGGAUGGGAAGAGCCCGGAGAUCUAUGCCCUCUUCAGCACCAUCAGCCAUGUCUUCCAGGGUUCCGCUGUCUGUGUGUACCACAUGGCCGACAUCCGGGAGGUCUUCAACGGGCCCUUCGCCCACCGGGAGAGUCCCCACCACCAGUGGGACGCUUACGAGGGCAGGGUGCCCUACCCACGGCCGGGCGUGUGUCCCAGCAAGACCACCAACCAGCCCCGGCGGCAGUACGGCACCACCAAGGACUUCCCUGACGAGGUGCUGCACUUCGCUCGUGCUCACCCCCUCAUGUACAAGCCUGUGUACCCCCGGCACCGCCAGCCCCUCCUGGUGAAGACUGACCUGCCCCACCACCUGCGCCAGCUCGUGGUGGACCGGGUGGAGGCCGAGGAUGGGCAGCACGAUGUCCUCUUCCUCGGGACAGAUGCUGGCUCGGUGCUGAAAGUUGUGGUCCUGCAGAAGACAAGCUUGGCCACAACUGAGGAUGUUGUCCUGGAGGAGCUGCAGGUUUUUAAGGUGCCUGUGCCCAUCACCCAGAUGGAGAUCUCCAUCAAGCGUCAAAUGCUCUACGUGGGCUCCAGCCUGGGGGUGGCCCAGGUACGGCUGCACCAGUGUGAAAGCUAUGGCACGGCUUGUGCUGAAUGCUGCCUGGCCAGGGAUCCCUACUGUGCCUGGGACGGCACUGCCUGCACCCGCUACCAGCCCUCUGGCAAGCGCCGCUAUCGCCGCCAGGACGUCCGCCAUGGCAACCCUGUGCACCAGUGUCUGGACCAGAACCUGACUGUGGAUGAUUAUGAGAGCGUUGAGGAGAAGGUGCUUUAUGGGGCGGAAGACAACAGCACCUUCCUGGAGUGUGUGCCCCGGUCCCCGCAGGCCAGCGUGCAGUGGUUUGUCCAGAGGCCCCCCAAUGAGCAGCGGGAUGAGGUGAAGACGGAUGAACGGAUCCUGCAGACGGAGCAAGGGCUGCUUUUCCGCAAGCUGCACCGCCACGAUGCUGGUGUCUACUACUGCAAAACACUGGAGCACGGCUUCACCCAGAUGGUGGCCAAGAUGGCCUUGGAGGUGAUUGCCAGUGAGCAGCUGGCACACACCUUCCACAGGGAUCGGGGUGAUAAGCCCCAGCGCAUGCCUUGCCCUGAGCCCCGACUGGUGCCACAGGCUCCUAAAACCUGGUUCAAGGACAUCAUGCACCUCAUCAACUCCCAAAACCUGCAGCAGGUGGAGGAGUACUGCGCCCGCCUCUGGUGCAGCAGCCGCCCCCACCACCGCAAGAGCAAGCUGGCCCAGGCCAAGCAUGCCCUGGCCAGCGUGGAUGUGGGCAAGAAGGGACAGAUGACCAAACCCCACAGUGGGAAGAACCGUAUGCCCCGGCAAGCAUCGGCCACUUAGAGAGGUCAGGGUAAUGGAUGUGGGGUGGCCAUGGGCGAGGACCAGCUCCCCAUGCUGCUGGUAGCCCCAGCCCUGAGGGGCCUCCUGCCCUGGUGGAUGGCUUGCAGCAGCACCAGCUGGGUCCCCCCAGCCACAGUGGAUGGGAUGCCAGGGUCAGCUCCUGGGCAGGCCCCCACCUUGGUGGCCACCUCCAAAACAGACAGUGUGGUGGGAACAUUGGCCCUCUCCUACUCUUGCUGAAUGCUGUGGCAGGUGUGGGGGCAUGGUCACUGGGGCGGGUUGGGGCUCAGCACGUGUGGUGCCCCCACUGUACCAUCAGCACAGGGAGCUUGCUGGCUGGCUUUCUCUGCAAAUAAAGGGGCCGAGCGUGGCACCAUGGGGAGCCGCUGACAGCUCCAGGCUCUUUCCGUGCCAGCA